AAUUUUGCAGAGCAUUUUCUAAUUGAAGUGCAGUGUGUUUCAAGGAUGAAUAAUGUCUAUCUAGUCAUGGCAAUGGAAGGUAGGAUUACAGAGGAUCACGGAUCAGUUUACCACUUAACCCUUACUGUCCUGCUGGGCUGUCAGGUCUGUGGUCUGGGAUGGGGGCUUGCGGGAUUGUCUUCUCCUCACUGUAGCUUCUUUUAUGUACACCAGAGGGCAGACACUCCUUGGCAUGUGUGUGCGGGAACCAUGUCAGAGGCUUGAGAUUCCCGAGAAGGGAGGAUGCAUAAAAAUUCACAGAAUAAAGCCUUUGAAAAGAAAAGAAAGUUGAGAUAAGGUGCUUCCAUCACUAAACAGUAGGGCCACUGUGUCUGUAGCUGUAAAGUCUCCCAUAUGCGGUCUGCUUUUGUAGCUACUGGAAGCCCUAGGAGUCCUCUGAUCUGCCCUCAUCCUGGUUAGACUGUUACAUCCUUAUUCUGUUCCUGUUUCUUAUAGUCCUCUGGUCUGGAGUCCUGUGCAAGUGAGUUUAGUGCGGCAGCUUCAGCCUGCUACCCGACAUUUACACGGGAGCGCCGUAUGGCAGAAGACGGGAACUGUCAGCUCACACAGUCACAUCAGCCAAAUAAGGACAUAAAUCUCAGUCCAAUAAGAACCUCAUCAGUUACCAAUUGAAUCAAGGCAUGGUGGUUUUCUUUCUUUUUAAAGCAUAGUUUUACGAAUAUAUUAACUAAAAACCUUAGGCUUUAUGAAAAAAGUCAAUAUUUGGAAUCUUACACUGCUUGGCUAAAUUAACACUAAAUAUAGAUCAACAGUUUCAUGCUGGGGUUUGUGGGCCUUAGAGGAGUGCUCGCGUGCCGAAGGAAGGCAAAGAAAGAACUGCAGAAUUUGUAGAAAGUCAUAGUUGCUUCUGAAUAAUUUUUUUUCCCUGGUAAUCUAGCAGUCACAGCUCACAUUUUUGGACAAUGAAUCGUUCUUCCCAGGACACCGGCUCUAGCGGCAUUCCCGAGGAUAGAAAGCUUUAUGUUGUGGAUUCCAUAAAUGACUUAAACAAACUAAACCUCUGUCCUGCCGGAUCGCAGCAACUGUACCCUCUGGAGGAGAAAAUCCCAGACGUUGGCGCUAACUCAGGAAAUGGGAGCCACAGUCUGUUUUUGUUGGGGCUGAUAAUCGUGCUGAUUGUUAGCCUGGCACUGGUUUCUUUCGUGAUAUUUCUAAUCGUUCAAACGGGCAACAAGAUGGAAGAUGUGUCAAGAAGACUAGCAGCUGAGGGAAAGGACAUAGACGAUCUUAAGAAAAUCAACAGCAUAAUUGUAAAGCGACUCAACCAACUGGACUCGGAAGAGAACUAAAGAGGUGAUCGUCCAAGAACAGCUGCUGACACCUGAGCUUCUCACCGUCCUGGGCGUGUGCAGGGUGAAGAACUGACCGAGGGCAUUUCUGCAGGCAAAAAAGGGCCAACUUUCUGCUAUAGGAAUGGGUGCAACGUCAAGGCAAGGUGGGGGUAGGGUGGGGUGGGCGAUGGGGACUCAGCCAGAAAGGAGCUUAUUUUGUGGUAGGGUCCUUCAGCUUUCGUGGGAUGAGGGUGGCUUGGCACGGAGGAGAACUGACAGUAAGCAACAUAGGGAAUUCGGCUGUGUAUCCAACUUCUUUUAUGAAAGGAACUUUGUCACCAGAAUAAGUUCACUGUGGCCAGUAAGGUUCAUGGCACAUACACCUUUACGAACUCCCUCCUAAGGAAGCCUAAGGGAUAAACUGAAUUGUGUUCAAGGGCACCAGGUGAUAACUCUUCAAUAAAAGAGAUUCUGCUCAGGUGAUUAAACUUUGACUCAUUUCCCCAGGGACAGGGGUUGGCUGGGCUGGGAGCUGGUUGCCUACUGAUAUUUGCUAACAGUAGUUAUGAGCGUAUGGUGGGGCGGGGG